GGGCUGUCCAAUGCAGCCUCUUAAUUUGGGAUUAAUAAAGGAAAGACACUAGAAGAUGUGAGCAAAUAAGUGACAGUCACAGCGAGAAAAUGAUACUGCGUCCUCAGGGGCCAUUGACCUAACAGGGUUGAGCUGAUUAACAUGUAAACAAAGCCGUUAGUCAGGGCAUCUGCUCUUAAUUGCAGCGUGCUUCCGAGGAGUCUGCCUGCAGUGGCUGCGCGCCUAAAGAAUGGGCGUGAGCUGUCCCUGGAAAGAGAGCCCUUAGACUUCUGCUUUUUUUUCUGACAGCGAUCUGUGCACUCACUUCAGUCCGGCAGAGACAGAGAACACAGCAGCGGAAUGGAGAGCUCAGGAUCUUCAACAACAACAGUUUGAAACCCUCCCAAAAUCAGCAAAGACGCACAGGAGGGAGGGGAGACUCUCAGCCGGAGAGAGUCUAAGUGCGUCUGUGUCAGAGGGUGUUUGGGAGAGUGAGGACGCAUCACAGAUAGAGGAAGAAAGGAAGAAGAGAGAAGGGGGACUAAAUCUGGACCAGGUGAUCCACAAACCUCCAAGGGUCGGCGGGGGUCUUUCGUUGUGUAUACGGGCUCAGUUAUCCAGCCACCACCAUGGUGCCACCAGCGCGCUGCCCGGGACCCUGUGCCAUCCUGGCACUGACCCUACUCUUGGGAUGCAGCGUAGUUCUUUGCGUCGGCCAGAACGACACGGAACCCAUCGUGCUGGAGGGGAAGUGUCUUGUGGUUUGCGACUCGAACCCUUCCUCGGACGGUGGAGUGACCUCCUCACUUGGCAUAUCAGUGCGCUCCGCUGGGGCAAAGGUGGCGUUUUCCGCCGUGCGUGGGACCAAUCAUGAGCCGUCAGAGAUGAGCAACACGUCCAUGACCAUAUAUUUCGACCAGGUUUUAGUGAACAUCGGCAACCAUUUCGAUCUCAAAGCAAGUGUUUUCCAGGCACCAAGGAGGGGGAUAUAUAGUUUCAGCUUUCAUGUGGUAAAGGUCUACAAUAGACAAACCAUACAGGUGAACCUGAUGCAGAACGAUUAUCCGGUUAUAUCAGCUUUCGCCGGGGACCAGGACGUCACAAGGGAAGCGGCCAGCAACGGAGUACUGCUGAUGGUUGAACGGGACGACCGGGUCUAUUUGAAGCUGGAACGGGGCACCCUUAUGGGCGGAUGGAAAUACUCCACCUUCUCAGGCUUUUUAGUCUUUCCACUAUAAUCUAAUCUGCGAUUCUUCAUGGGACUCUACUUAGGUCGAGGAUAAAAAAAAGAAGUGAGAGAAAAAAAAAUACAUGCCAUUUAUUUAUAACUGAACUGUCAGCCAAGGAAGCCGACGAAUAUCUGUACACUCGUCCACUAUUUAGUCAAACGUUUCCUUGGAGUUGCAUAUAUUCAAAUCCAUCAGCCAACUUUUACGCAAUCUGGAUGACUUGACAUAUUGAUCGGCCAUUGAUUGGCAUGAGCUUUUUUGGGGGGGGGUGUGUGUGGACCCCCCCCCUUUUUUUUUCUUGCCUGGAAGAGAAACAUUGUUCCGACUGAGACACGGGUGAACACGGGCCAAAAAAAGGAGCGGAUGGAGCAACUGAUGUCCCGGACAGGCCGAGUGUUAAAUGCUCAAUUUUAUGUUUGUGCAGACUUAACCAAUAUUUGCUUUCUGUCCCUUUCCUGAAGUUUUUGGAAUUAUGGACAACGACAGAAGAAGUGCUUUCCAGCCCAAGACCACCAAGACAUAUGAUUCUUUUCUCUUUUUUUCUUCUUUUUUAUGGUUUUGCACGAGAGGAAGCUUUCUUUUUCUGUUUUCUUGUGCUGUCAAUGGUGUUGCGUCUGGAUGCUGAACAUAUUGAAAAUAAGCCAACUGUAGGCCGCCGACGGGUUCAUGAAGUACAAAAAAGGCGACUGUUACAGUUCACAGAGAGGACUUCAAGACCCCUUUAUUCAAAAGAAAAUCUAAUUUAUCAUAAUGACAUUACUGUGUGUUCGGAAUCUGCAUAGCUUUGACUGAUUUAAUGUUCAGUGCCGUUGCUCACCAAUUGUACAUUGUGAAAAUAAUAGAAAAAUCCCUAUAUGUCCCGCUUAAUAAAAGAUAUUGUAUUGUAUAGGCGAAUCGCA